AUGGACCAUAUUUUCAUCAACAUCAAAGAACCCAGCGACGCUCUGCAGCUCGCUAAAAAGACUACCGUUCGAUCGCAUGUCGCUCGUCGUCAAUGGAAGGCUCAUGCUGAAACGAACAAGGACCGGAAAAGGAAAAGGGAGGAAUACCUCCCAUUUCGGAUCGAACUGGAUUGCUCAGGGUUGAUGAACAAUGGACAACUCCCACAACUGUCGAUAGUGCCGGAGGGUGAAGAUGAGAAUCAUACAGCCCAAACCCAAUACGCAGGGCAAACCACUACUGCUGCUACCUUCAUGCUACCCUCUAUACCAAUGAUGAUAGGAGGUCUACGUGUCGAUCCAUUCCGAUCAUACCCCAUCGAAUUCAGAUCAUUCCUUCCAUACCUCGUGGAUCACUACCUAGUAAGCAUGGCUGUCGACAUUCCCGAGCUAGACCAGCCCGGAAACCGUGGCCUGCUGCGCACGCGAUGGUUCCCCCUCGUUAUGACCGAACCGAGUCUCUUUCUGGUAAUCAUGUUGAUCGCAGCGUCACAUUAUGCAUCCGUGCAACACAACACCACCGAGCUCAGACUCAAUCUCCUCAGUAUGCGUGGUGAAGCCGUGCAAUCCAUCAACCAAUCUCUCGCCAAACAAUACAGGACGAUAAAUGAUGCCUUAGUCGGCGCAAUAGCCAAAAUGGCCAGUUAUGAGGCUAUGUUCGGCAAUGUGGACACAUAUGGUGUGCACAUGCAGGGUCUGCGUCAGAUUGUGAAUCUUCGAGGUGGACUCGAUGGACUUGGAUUGGGCGGGCUAUUGCGUAGGAUUGUGGUCUGGAUUGAUCGGAAUGGUGCGUUCCUUAACGGUUCGAUGCUGUAUUUUCCAGGGGCGACGUUCGUUCCUGGGCAGCCGUUGCCGGAUCCUAACCCGGGGCAUUUUCUUGGUGCUUCGUGA